CCCGACCUGUUUGCCGUGGGGCUGCGGCCUGCGCAGGAAUGUGGGCGCUGGCGGCCACGGGCGGGUUCCGUGGGGAUACAGAGCCUGGCCGGCCCCACUCCUGCCCUCGGCACCCGAGCGCCUGCACGAUGCUCCCGCUGCUGCUCCUGCUCCUGACGACGGCCCACGGGCUGAACACGAUCCCGUACAUCCCGACCCUGGCCAGCCCCUCCCUGGGGGGCCUGAUCACCGCCUCCACCUUCACACUGGAGCAGCCCCGCUGCGUCUUCUCUGAGGAUCCAGGCAACCCCGUCAUCUGGCUGGUGGUGGCUGUCGCCGAGGCCGUAAACACCUUCAAUGACAGCGUGGAACCGGGGUCCCCCGAGCGAGCAUUCCAGAGGUUCCCCAACAGCACCCCCGCCUACAUGACCCUCAACACCACCCUUCUCAACUACCCCUGCCCCAAGCGCCCCGGGGACAUCACGGUGCUGCGCGUCGGCAGCGAAACGAAAUGCACCGAGGAUGAGAGCAGACCCACCUGCAACGGGCCCCUGCCCGGCCCGGGGCCCUACCGGGUGAAGUUCCUCUCCCUGAAUGGCUCCGUGCCCGUGGCACAGACACGCUGGUCAGAGCCCAUCACCCUGAGGACAGCUCAGUCACUCAGUGACACCCCUGCAACGGGCAGCGGGCACAGCGCCAGCAUGAUCGCCCUCACCUCCAUCCUCUCCAUCCUCUUUGCCAUCCUGCUGGCCGGCCUGGUGGCCAUGCUGGUCUUCUGGGGCUCGGACACCUACAGCGGCAGCAGCACCUUUAGCAAGCCGGAGGCGGUGACGGUUCGGCGGUACAACACCCACCACGUGUACGACCAGCCAGCUGCCCGGCUCUGAGCCCCCGCCACAGCCCCUCGCUGCCACCCCAUCACCCCCCAGCACCGCAUCGCCUCCCCACCUGCUCCCGCACCAGCCACCGCUGGCCCACGCACCCUUGGGUGCCCUCACAACUGCACCACCAGUGAUGGUGGCACCGUGCUCACUGCUGCGGGGGCACAGCCGGAGCUGCCACAGGGAGCCAUGAUGGAGUGGGGGAUUAAAGACCCUUCCAUGUGCUUUGCACCCA